AUAUCGCUUUUCAAAAAUAUUAUUUCCAAAAAAAAAUUACAUCUUUUAAUUUGCUUUUAUUACGCAGUGGACAAUUUAUUGGUUUCUACUCUGUACAAUCACAGGAAGGGAGAUUGAUUCUUGAGCUUCACCACACAGGCGCUCUCCAGAUAUUCCGCAAAGAGUGAUUUGCAAUUCACUCCCGUCAUCAGAAAAGUACAACUUCCAUUUCUGCGAUUAUCAUUUCAAUUCGGGUUUAUUCAUCUAGAUUCCCUUUUUUAAUUCUAGACUAAGAGAAAUGGUGAGGUUUUCUGUGGGUGGAUCAGAAGGCGAAGAAGAUAGGGAAUCCAAUAACAGAAAAAGACCCGUCUCAGAGAAUUGCCGAACCUACAUCAACGGUGGAUAUCAAGACAUAGACGAACAUGGAUCAUACUCAAUUAGAUUGUCCAACAAUAAACCUCGACCCUCUAUGACCUUCACCAAGAAGCCUCGAUUCGCCAUCCCCAGCCCCAGUCUUAGCCCCACCCCCAAGGCGGCCGCAUGCGCCACAACCUCUGCUGCUUCUCAGCAAAGAUGUAAAAUACUUGAAUAUAGACUAUUUGGUAGAAUCAAUGACGGCGAAGAAGAAGAAGAAGAUGACGAUGAGCAUGAUGGUGAUGAAGAAGAAGAACCUAUGGAGGAAAUGGAAGAAGAAGCACAUGAGUCUUCAGAUAAAGAAGAUAAAACAGAUGGGCAGCUUUCUGUGAUAUUAUCGGACCCUGAGGUGCUUGAUUGCCUCAUUUGUUUUGAACCCCUCACGCUUCCCGUCUUCCAGUGUGAGAAUGGGCAUAUAGCAUGUGCACCCUGCUGUACCAAGAUGUUAAACAGAUGUGGAAAUUGCUCUUUGCCUAUUGGUUACAACCGUUGCAGAGCCAUCGAAAAGGUUGUUGAAUCAGUCAAAAUCUCUUGUCAAAAUGCUGGUUAUGGCUGCAAACUGAAGAUAAGUUACAGUUAUAAACUUGAUCAUGAGAGAGCGUGCAUUUAUAUGCCUUGCUCAUGUCCCCAUCUUGCCUGCAACUAUGUUGGCUCCUUUGAAGCCUUGUAUACACACUCUGAGAUAAAUCAUUCAAAUUGUUCACAGCGAUUUCAUUUCAGUUUUACCGUCUCCAUUUCCUUGGACAAAAAUCAGGAACAACUCUUUCUUCAAGAUAAGACUGAAAGGACACUUUUUGUCCUUAAUCGCUCUAUCGAUCGUCUUGGAAGUUUAUUUAAUGUUGUUUGUAUUGGACCAACUUCAGCGAAGAGAAGAUACUCUUAUACUAUUACAGCAAAAGAUGGUAGAGAGAGCUCAAUCAAACUAGAGUCAGUUGCAGAUAACAUGCCAAAAUGGAUUACACACCCUCCUGGGAAAAAAUAUCUUCUGGUUCCGAAUGAUUUUGUUGGUUCUAGUGGUAGGCUCAACUUGGAAGUUAUUAUAUGGCAUCCCGAUGAAUCUCCCGUGGCAUUAAAUGCUAUAUGUAUUUGUGGAUCUUCAUGUUAUUAUUACUGGUUGAAUUGGUUUAGCUUGCUUGAAAUCAAGGACUUGACAGUCCCCUCAAUUUCUCUUCAUUCUGAUCGUUUUCUUUAUGAGGUUAUUUUUGGGCCUGAAAUAUUGAAUCAAUUACAGCACCACCGGAGUGUUCAAUUGCUUGAACUCAAGGACUUGACAGUCCCCUCAAUCUCUCUUCAUUCUGAUCGUUUUCUUUAUGAGCAUUCUUACACAGAAAGGAGCCUUUUGAUUUUCUUCUCUGUGCCCCAUGCUGCUUUCUUCCUCUAUUUUCACCUUUCACGUAUCUUAAUUUCUCUGCCUAGUAAAAAAAUGGGGAGGUCUUCGGCGCGUAGAUCUGAAGGCGGAGACAGUGAUUCAAAUAAAAAAUGGCCCGUUUAUGGAAAACGCAGAACAUACACAAAGAGUGGAGAUAGACCUAGCAAGAAAAAUACGGGAUCCUCUGUAGCUUUAUCCGGGAAUCCUCGAUUCUCCACCCCCGUAGUCACCAGCUCCUCUACCGGCGCCGAACGCGCUACUACCUCUGCCGCUCUUCAAUUAAAAGCACAACAAAGAAUACCGGGAAGACAAGAAGAACCCAUCCUAGUUAAUGAAUCUGCGGAAGGAACCGAAGAGGACUCGGAGGAAGAAAGUGAAGAGGAAACAGAGGAAGAAAGUGAAGAGCCUAAAGGAGAGUGUAGCCUUAAAAGACAGGUUUCUGUAAUAUUUCCCGACCUCGACUUUCUGGAUUGCCCCAUCUAUCUUGAACCCCUUGGGCUUCCCGUCUUUCAGUGCAAGAAUGGGCAUAUAGCGUGCAAAUCUUGCUGCACGAAGAUGAGGAACAAAUGUGGGAGUUGUUCUUUGCAGAUCGGGCUCAUUCGUUGCAGGGCCAUCGAAACGGUGAUUGAAUCAAUCAAAAUCAAAUGUCGAAAUGGUUGCUACGGAUGCCCGGAAACAAUGCUUUACAAUGAGAAACUUGGGCAUGAGGAGGCAUGCGAUUAUGUGCCUUGUUCAUGUCCUCAACUUGAUUGUGACUAUGUUGGUCCACACAUUGGAUUGCUUAAGCACAUUGAGGCAGAACAUUCAGAUUCUUGCGAGGAAUUUACUUUCGGCUGUAGCAUCGGGCUUUCUUUGAACACAAAUCAAAAGCAAAUCAUUCUUCGUGAAACAAGUGAAGGUGUAGUUUUUGUCCUCAAUCACUUCAUUGAGGAUCUUGGAAGUUUGAUCAAUGUUGUUUGUACGGGACUGACUUCAGAAAAGAGAAGAUAUUCUUAUCUUCUCACAUCAGAAGAUGGAGAGAGCUCAAUCAAAUUAGAAUCAGUUGCAGAUAACGUCCCAAAAUGGACUCUAAGCACUCCUCUGAAAAAUUUUCUUUUGGUUCCGAAGAAUUUUAUUGCUUCCAAUGAACAAAUCAAACUGAAUGUUACCAUAUACAGAAGCACCAAUGAUCCCCUGUAGUUGCAUGUGGUUCGUGAUGUGCUCCGUUAGUCUGUUUUGAUGGAUCGUCAUGGUAUCAUUAACGGUUCAUUAUGCUUCCGUGUCUAGGUUGCAGUGUUGAAAUUGUAAGGGAUAGACCUCUUUUUACUUUGACAUGGCUUAAUGGCUACUGCACUUAUUUUGUUACUUCUGCAUAUUAAUGCUUCUAGGCUUCUUUCUUGCA